AUGUCGGAUUCCAUUCCAAACACCGAGUAUACAAUCGGGUGGAUUGCUGCCCUCUCCACCGAGCUGCUUGCAGCCUCGCAAUUCCUUGACAAGAGGCACAAUAAGCCGACAUCCCGCCAUCCGAAUGAUACCAACAACUACACCCUUGGCAGCAUCGGGCCGCACAAUGUUGUUAUGGCCUGCCUGCCCAUGGGCAAUAUAGGCACAGCAUCGGCGGCCGUCGUGGCCACAAAUCUGAUCAAUAGCUUCCCCAACGUCCGUCUCGGACUUAUGGUGGGCAUCGGAGGGGGUGCACCAAGACUCCCCAACCACGACAUACGCCUUGGCGACGUUGUUGUCAGCAGUCCAGGAAACGGCAAUGGCGGUGUGCUUCAGUACGAUUUCGGCAAAACUGUCCAGGAGAAGGAGUUUCAACUUACGGGGUCCCUGAACCAGCCGCCUUUGACACUUUUGGCUGCCCUCAGCGGCCUGCAAGUACAGCAUGAAGAGUACGGCCAUCAGUUCCAGGAAAAAUUGAACCAGAUACUGGAAGGCAACCCACGCUUGCGCCGAAAGUACUCUCGUCCGUCCCGGGAGAGCGACAGGCUGUAUCGUUCGAAAUAUGUGCACACCGACCCCGAAGGGUUGGCUCCAGGUUCGCCAGAGCAACCGAGCUACGGUGAAUCGGAGAAGCCCUGCGGAGAGAUUUGUGGUGAGGACCCAAGCCACCUGGUCCCAAGAGUUGAGCGAGGCGAUGACGAGGACGACCCUGCGAUCCACUAUGGUCUGAUUGCGAGCGCAAACCGGCUGAUGGAGGAUGCACUUGUCCGAGACCACCUGGCCAAGCAGGGUGUCCUCUGCUUCGAAAUGGAGGCAGCUGGUCUGAUGAAUACUUUUCCAUGCCUGGUGAUUCGGGGCAUUUGUGAUUAUUCGGAUUCGCACAAGAAUUACGAGUGGCAAGGUUAUGCGGCCAUGAUGGCGGCAGCUUAUGCAAAAGAUCUUUUGCAGCACAUCAUACCCAGCCAGGUUGCUGCAGAGAAGAGCAUCAAGGAGGCGGUGUCGGAGUUAGAGCAGAAGGUCGAUAGUUUGCACCAUGCCACACUCUCUGUUCACACAAAGCUCGAAGCCGGCGACGUCAAGGCCCGCAUCAAACAAAUGCAAGAUUGGCUUAGCCCUGCCGAUGCCUCCACAAACGCCAACCGCGCAGACAAGCUUCACCAUCCCGGCACAUGCACAUGGCUUCUGGAGGGUCGGGCCUUCCGAGAGGUUUGUUCCGGGUCUCGUCGGCAGCUAUGGCUGCACGCACUUGCUGGCUGCGGUAAAACGGUUCUUUGCGCUGCGGUCCUGGAACACCUAACCGACACCGCCGGCGAUGGUCGUCUUAUCCUCAAGUUCUUUUUCGACUUCCGUGACACCAAAAAGCAAACCUUGGAUGCCAUGCUGCGCUCGCUGGUCUUCCAGUCGUAUCGAUGGCAGCUUACCUCCAUUGGACACUGUGCCGCCACGGUACCCGCCUCCGGGGACCAGCCAACAGAGAAGCAGCUGCAGGAAACAUUUUGUAGGAUGCUCGUCGCCCAAAAGGAGGUUUUUAUCAUCUUGGAUGCCCUGGACGAGUCGACCACGGGGAAGGGAAUGCUUUUGAGUUGGAUCAAAGAUAUGAGGGUUCGAACAGAGCUGCAGCACGUCCGCCUGAUUUUCACCAGCCGACCAGAACCAGAGUUCGAGCAGAGCAUGCCGAAUUUGAUCGGGAAGGAGAACUGUGUACCACUGGACAAGAGAAAGGUCAACGCCGAUAUCCGCUCUUACAUUGCGGCCAAGCUCACGGGCCCGACUGACUUCGUCAUUGGGCGCAUCCCCGAGCACCUUGUGGAUUCGAUCACCAGAGAGGUCGGAGACAGGGCAGACGGCAUGUUCAGAUGGGCGGAAUGCCAGCUGGAAGAGCUCGCCGAAUGCGUCAGUCUGCAAGCUAUCAAGGAUGCUCUCCGAAAUCUGCCAAAAGCUGGCGAUCUCAAAGAGACAUAUGACCGCAUGAUGGCCAAAAUUCCGAACAACAUUAUGGGAGAUGCGACCCGACUGCUUCAGUUUCUUGUACAUGCUGAAGAACCCCUGACCGUGACUCAAGCCAUGGAGGUCAUAGCUACACAAGUCGAUCCCCCUCGCUGUUUCGACCCUGAACGAAAGCCAUUAGACCUACCCAGGCUUCUUAAGCAUUGCCCUGGACUAAUUCGCAUGGAUGGCCGGGCUCUGUAUCAUGGAAGCCUUAGUCUUGCGCACUUUUCUGUUAAGGAAUACCUACUCGAGCGAGCUGGCUUCACCAAUGUGGUGGCGAGCAGGUCCAUCACGUGGGCCUGCUUGGUUCAUCUCCCAUUUUCUAUUCGACCAAGGCCCAAGCGUUGGGAAGCAAACCUUGGGCUAUAUGCCUGGAAAUACUGGAUGCGCCAUGCUGCGCGUCUUCUGCCAAGUGACCUCCGAGACAUGGCGGAAGAUAAGGGGCUGGUUUUUGCGAUGAACUGCAGGCAAUCAGUCGUAUCUGGAUUCAAUGUGAAAGACAGCGAGUGGAAAUGGACCGUUAGACAAACGUGGGACUUUCCGCUUUGUGUGGCUUCAUCCAAUGGCCACAUUGGACUGGUGCAGCUUCUACUCAAUGCGGGUGCCGAUGUUGACGGAGGGGGCGACGACACAGAGCCCCUGAUGGCUGCGUCAGAAAGGGGCCAUGGCGCCAUUGUCAAGGUACUGCUGGACAACGGAGCCAAAAUCAAUGCAUGGGAUCAACUUCAUAACACCGCGCUUACGAUGGCAUCGGAAAAAGGACAUCUAGGCAUUGUGCAACAAUUGCUUGAUGCUGGAGCCGAAGUCAACCCGCAGGUUGAGGGCAUCCGCACCGCUCUUAUAAUGGCGUCACGAUGGGGCCACCUAGACGUUACGCAAAAACUGCUUGAUGCGGGCGCCAAAAUCAACGCAGUUGACACCGAGUUCGGCGCCGCCCUUACGACGGCAUUGCAAUACGGCCACCUGAACGUCGCACGCCACCUGCUCGAUCAAGGGGCCAAAGUCAACGUGCAAGGGGGUACCCACGGAAGCCCCCUUAUUGCUGCCGUCGCAAACGGCCACCUGGACAUCGCGCGCCACCUGCUCGACCUAGGAGCCAAAGUCGAUGUGCAAGGAGGUACCUACGGAAGCCCCCUUAUUGCUGCUGCCGUAAACUGCCAUUGGGAUGCCGUACGACUGCUUCUAGAUAAGGGAGCAGACGUCAAUGCAUCGUGUCAAAAACAUGGGACUGCACUCAACGUUGCGGCGCAAAAAGGUGACCUUGAAAUUUCGCGACUGCUCUUGGACUACGGGGCGGGCAUGAUGGCAAGCCAGGCUGGUUUCGCAGCCCUUCUCAAUUCUGCGUCAAAGAGGGACGGUGCAUACAUGGUCCAGAAGAUUCUCGACAAUGGGGUUGAUGUGCUCUUGGAUAACAGGGCAGGUGCCAAUUGGGGCUGCGCGCUGCGGCUAGCUGUUAUGUAUGGCUACGUGGAAGCGGUGCGUAUGCUGCUGGAUGCAGGGGCCGACCUAUACGAACAUAAGGGGUACUAUCGCCCGACCUUCCUCGAUAUUGCUGAAAGGAAGGGGUUUGAACAGAUUGCACAAUUGUUGCGUGCCAAGGGGGUGCUCAGGUGUAGCGAGCUGAAGGAGGCUGCGCUGCCGAGAUAGUAUGGAGUUUAGGAGUACAACUUUUUGC